GAGGGUUAAACGGCGUAUGUGCUUGGAGGCGGAGGCGCCGCUUCAUAAGGUGUAGUGAUAGAUAGUGUUAGUUAGAGACAGGCAAAGGAUCCAGGAGACCUUAUAUCUAGUGACCACAUGUACUGAGCCAAUGGGGCUACAAAACCGCUCCGCCGGUCAGUUUUAAACGUUUAAGGCAUCCUUAAAGGAACCAUGGAGGAACAAGGCCAUGUUCAGGAAGAUCUGGCGACUCUGUCAGAUUUGGACGAGAAGAGUUUACUCGAAUCACUGACUAGAAGAUUCAGCCACAGUAACAUUUAUACUUAUAUUGGGGAUAUUUUGGUCGCUGUGAACCCAUUCAAGCAGCUCCCACUGUAUGGCAAAGAGGUGUCAGAGAAGUACAAGUGCCAUGAGAAAAGAGCUUUACCUCCACAUAUAUUUGCUGUAGCUGACAGAGCAUACCAGUCCAUGCUGGGCCGUCUGGCCACGGGCCCGAAAAACCAGUGCAUCGUCAUCAGUGGUGAAAGCGGUGCAGGAAAAACCGAAAGCACGAAACUUCUACUGCGGCAGCUUAUGGAGCUUUGUCGUGCAAACUCUCAGCUCGAGCAGCAGAUCCUGCAGGUAAACCCUCUUCUCGAGGUGUUUGGGAAUGCGCAGACUGUCAUGAACGACAACAGUAGUCGGUUUGGAAAGUAUAUUCAGCUCCGCUUUCAAAACUCUUCAGUAAAAGGAGCCAAAAUCAACGAGUAUCUAUUAGAAAAGUCCCGCGUGGUCCACCAAGACGAAGGUGAGAGGAAUUUCCACAUCUUUUACUGCAUGCUCGCUGGCAUUUCCGCACAGGACAAGGAGAUGUAUGGCCUCCUGGACCCGACUCAGUACCGUUACCUGAAUGGGCAAUUCGGUCAGGGCGAUAUGGUGCAGCACUGGAGUGAAAAGUACAACGAAGUGUCCAAUGCCAUGGAUAUGGUGGGCUUCGAGGAGCAGGAAAAGGUGGACAUGUUGACCAUCCUGGCCGGGAUUCUGUCUCUGGGAAAUAUCACGUUUGAGCCAACUGAGAACGAAGCGCUGAAAGUGAGCGAGACAUCAAAGGGCUGGCUCAAAGCCACGGCGGGUCAGUUUGGUGUUCAGGAGGAAGACUUGAUGAGGUGUCUCACCUGCACCAUGUCUGUAACAAGAGGGGAAUCCAUCCACCGCUUCCACAACCAGCAACAAGCUGAAGAUGCCAGAGAUUCAAUUGCCAAAGUGGUGUACGGCCGAGUGUUCGGCUGGAUCGUUAGUAAAAUUAACGAGCUGUUGACGCAUAAACUGGAUACAAGCAUUGAGCUGAGUGAAAUAGGUAUUCUCGACAUCUUUGGGUUUGAGAACUUUGCUGUGAACCGAUUCGAGCAGCUCUGCAUCAAUCUUGCGAAUGAGCAGCUACAGUAUUUUUUUAAUCAUCACAUUUUUCUAAUGGAGCAAAAUGAGUACAAAGAGGAGGGAAUCCAGUGGGAGACCAUCACCUUCAAGGAUAACAAACCAAUUCUGGACCUGUUCUUAACGAAGCCCAUUGGGAUUCUGUCCUUGCUGGAUGAGCAGAGUGCCUUUCCUCAGGCCACAGAUGGAAACUUGGUAGACAAGCUGAACAGCAAAUUCAAAGCCAACCCCCACUUUGAGGUGGUCCGGAGCCAUAGUCCUCUCUUUACUGUCGUGCACUAUGCUGGAAAGGUGCAAUAUAAUGCUAGUGGUUUCCUGGAAAAGAACCGGGACAACAUUCCAGCCAGCGUUCGCACUCUGUUCAUCAACAGUGUUACGCCGCUCCUCAGUGUCCUCUUUGCUGCUACAAUUUCCAGAACAGGGACGUUGAUGCCACGUAAAGCAAAGAUGGUCAACUUUGUAGAUGACAACUUCAACUCCACCAGGAAGCAGUCUGUUGGCACACAGUUCAAGCACUCCCUGGCCGUACUGAUGGAGAAGAUGUUUGCCGCCAGUCCGCACUUUGUGAGAUGCAUCAAACCCAACAGCAGCAAGUUGCCCGAUCAGGUGGACAGUAAACUCAUCAUGGAUCAGCUGCGGUACAAUGGCCUGCUGGAGACGAUCCGCAUUCGAAGAGAAGGUUUCUCCUGGCGACCGUCUUUUAAAGAGUUUGCACAGAGAUAUAACAUCCUGCUGCUUAAACCGGAUCUGCCGCUGGACAAAGAAAGCUGCAUGUCGAUUCUUAAUACCGCAGAGCUUCAUGGCUGGAAGUGUGGUUCAUCUCGGUUAUUUUUUAAAUACUGGCACCAGGAUGAGUUGGCACGUCUCCUAGAGAGGCUUGGGAAAGCAGCUGUUCUCAUUCAGAAGAAUUACCGUGCAGUGAGCUCCAGGAAAAAGUACUUGGUCCUUCUGGCUGAAGUCAAGAGGCAACAGCAGGCUCAGCGAGAGAGGGAAGAAAGAGAAGAAGAGGAGAGACGAAGGCAGGAGCUUCUGGAAAAAGAAGAGAGAAAGAAGCGCUUGCUUGUGGAGCAAGAAAACAAGAGGCCAGUUUCUCCACCAGUACCUCUACCCAGGAAGAAAAAACCUCAGCCCAGGCCUCGGGCUAUUCUCGCCGCACUCGCCCUAGCACCUCAUCUAGCGCCUGUACCUCGGCCGCGCAGUAAGCAUUUUGAGGCCACUCCAUUUGAUAACGACCUGCAAGAGAGCAGUGAUUUGAUGACACUUCUGGCUCAGGAGGUGGAUGAGGAGUGGGCCAAUGAGAAAAGGAAAAAGAGGAGUAACACCAUUCGCUGGUUCAAAGAAACACAGGCCCGCAAAGUGGCCAACAAUGGCACUUUCCCUUGCUGGUUCCAUGGCAUGAUCACUCGGAGGCAAGCGGAGGAUCUGCUGACUGAUAAGCCACUUGGCUGUUUUUUGGUUCGAGUGGGACAAAGUCGAGAAGGAUACACACUCACAUACAGGGGUGCCGACCGGGCUCGUCACUACAUGAUCGAGACGCAAAGUAACGGGAAAUAUGUGAUUCUUGGUGAGGACCGGGCGCAUGCCUCCCUGCUUGAACUUGUCCAGUAUCACACACAAGUGGGAAUCAAGCCAUUGAUGGAGCUCCUCACAGAGCCAUGUGGACAGACAUGUGACCAUGACUGUGACUAUGAAGAGCUGAAGGCUUUGCUGGGGCCUGGCCUAUCUGACAGCAGCAACACAGACUCCAGAGAAAACAACCACAAUGAUAUGGACCAUGUGCACGUCGAAAUGCAGAGGCUCUUUCAGCCUCCAGGGCAGAACCCGGAAAUGGAGGCUACAAAAGCCCCUGUCCUGAGGCGUGUGUCUGAUAGAUACAGACGUGUAGACGCUGCUGAGACGGAUCAGAAAGGAGACGAGGGUGUGGAGAAAGGCAGACUUGUCCCUCGCAUGUACCCUUCCAUCCGCUUAGCCAUGAGGGAGAUCCAACAGAUCCAACAGCAGUUCUCAGGCAACCCAGAGCAAAACCGUUGGGCACCCUGGAGGAAGAAAGAUUCCUAACAGAAGGAAGGACAACAACAUCAGGCUUUUUUUUUUUUUGCUGCUACAUACGAUAAAUGUGAAUGGCUGAAAUGGAAGCGGAGGCCUGUAUGUGAAUGGGGCUUGAACAAAUUGAGAGAAAUUCCUCAAAAUGGAGAGCAUUAGAAUUUUGUUUACCAGGGUCUGUUUAUUCAUUAUUUUUAUGUAGAUAUUUUCAUUUUUAACUUAUGUAUUGAUGGCAUGGGACACUUAAUAAAUGCUGCCUGAUUUCA